UAAUAAGUCGUCUUGCCUCCAUGUGUUGGGUGUUGAGGUAUAUGCCACAGAAUAUGAGUCCUCCAAGCAAUAAGCCAGGAGUAGCAGCUUUGCACAGCGCUGUUUCGUCGUCGCGUUAUAAGUUGGGAGAUAGCAAAUAUCUGUGAUCCCUGUUCUUCCUAUUAAGUUCAUAGUGGUGUCUCAUCCUCCAUUCCAUAUCCUCGAAUCCAAUGUUUUAAUCGAAGAAACUUUGGUCUGGAGCAGGGGAAUUAUCCAAGAUCACGAAGACAACGAGCGCAAGAAGGUAGCAGUGUUUUAGUCAUCUCAUUCAUUCAUUCCACUUGCCUUUAAUUCGAAUCGUUCUUCAUUCACUCGGCCAUUCGCUCGCUCGCUCGCCUUCCUGGAGUCUUUUCAUUCACAUUCAUAUCAUUGAUUCCAUCCAUGCUUUGGUAGCUCGAGAGUAAAUGUAGCAAAAGCGCGAGCGAGAGAGAGCGAGGUGAGCGUAGCUUUCUUCGUUCCCAGAAAAACAAAAGAGAAAUCAGGGUGCUCGCCUUUAUGGAGUUGUUCUUUUUGUUUGGUCCAACGUAGAAGCAAAGAGCUCCAGACACAAAGCUCGGUGUUCUUGGUUGGGUUUUGUUCUCUCAUCCCUCGAAAGGCGACAAUUCCUUGAUCUAUUCUAAGAUGGGCUUCCUGGUUCUUCGCAUUUCCCUCUAGAUCGAAGGAUAGAUACUUCUUUCUCAAAGGGCAAAGCAGCACAGAACAAUGCCAGCCCCUUGGAAGAGCUGGACCAAAUCUCUGUCGUGCAAGAGCAACAGGGACGAGCAAGUUCACAGCCCAAUCUCGAUCUCGGCGGUCUCAUCGUCCUCCACCUCCAAGAUCAAGCCCUUCCGCAGCACUUGCUCCAGAUCUCUUUCCAAUCUCAAGGACGUGAUCCACGGCAACACCAAGGUCGUCCACAAAUCCGCCUCCUGCAGCCCCGCGGCGAUCUCCUCCCACACCAACGCCAAGAACGAUCCCCUCCUCGACGCCAAAUCGCUCUUUUGGAACCCGCCCUCCUCGGAGCUCGUCUCUGCGGCAAAUGCCCGGCUGCGGCAUUCACAGUCUACCGAGGGAUCGCGCCCACCAAAUCUCAAACACCCAAGUCCAGCGCUUCCAAAGAACACGAUGAGCUCCUCCCGGAGAUUUGGAGGCGGGUGCCACGGUUGCAACGUGGCGGACGAGGCGUUUGGCGCGAUCAUCUCGCGAGAUCCAUCGUCGCGCUCGUCGCUGUGCCGCUACCCCUACCCCUCCUGCCAGAGAUGCGGCGAGAGCUUCGCCAAGUUUGAGGCGCUCGAGCAACACCACGCCACCAAGCACGCCGUGACGGAGCUAGGCCGCGGGGACUCGUCCAAGAACAUCGUGGAGAUCAUCUUCCGGACGAGCUGGCUCAAGAAGAGGGACGAAGGAAUUCCGGAAGCAUCGCCCAAGAUCGAGCGCGUCCUCAAGGUGAACAACACCCAUCGCACCAUCUCGCGAUUCGAGGAGUACCGCGACGCUGUCAAAUCCCGCGCGAGCUCGCUGCCCAAGAAACACGCACGGUGCAUCGCGGAUGGGAACGAGCUCCUGCGAUUCCACGCCGCCACAUUGGAAUGCAGCCUGGGCGCGCACGGAUCCUCGUCGAUCUGCGCCUCCCCGGCUUGCAGCGCGUGCCGGAUCAUCAAGUCGGGCUUCCGGGGGAGCGGCGGUGGAGGAUCGAUGAUCCACACCACCGCCACCAGCGGCAGAGCUCACGAUUCGCUCCAAACAAAGGAGCGAUUGGAUCUAUCAGACGAGGAUGAUCUCCACGCGAUGCUCGUGUGCCGAGUGAUCGCGGGGAGGAUGCACAAGGGAUUUGGCGGCGACGCGGUGGUCCCGAGUGGGUUCGACUCCAUCGCCGGAGAGAUGGGGCCGUUCUCGAAUGUGGACGACCUGUACGUGACGAGCUCCAGGGCCGUGCUCCCGUGCUUCGUCGUUGUCUAUCGCUGGAAGUAGCGAUACUAGCCUAGUGGCGACGCACCAAAACCUUUGUACAUACCACUCAAGAACCCUGAAACGCGUUUUCGUUUGAGAU